GCUCAACUCUGCGGCACUUCCGCUUCACGAGAUCGACAUCGUGUGGAGAAGAAGGAGUCGAGUUUGAGACUUUUAAAUCAGCUGCAGUUUAGCGACCUGAACUAAAAUGGAUCAGAACAAGCUCGAACAGAUAGAACGUGACGUGGUUCAUCACGACCAGAGCGAUACAACGCACCCGACUUUAACCGAGCAGGACCGGUCCACUAGCGGAGUAAAGGAGCAGCAGGACCCCGACCGCGCUGGUACCACAGAUCAACAGAAACACAAAGGAAGAAGAGUUUCAAGGCUUUAUCUCUGUCACCAAUGUGACCAAGCUUUCACCAGACCUUCAGCGCUAAAGAAUCAUCAGAGGAUUCACUCUGGAGAGAAACCCUACAGCUGUGAGCAGUGUGGCAAAACCCUGACUUCAAGAAGUAACCUAAAAGUGCAUCAGCAAAUUCAUACAGGGGAAAGACCGUGCACCUGCACCGAAUGCGGCGCAACUUUUCACAGGUCAAAAGAUUUGGAACUCCACAAUCGUGUUCACACUGGAGAGAAACCUCACUCAUGCAAACUAUGUGGGAAAGCGUUCUCUCUGUCUAGGAGCUUAGUGCAACACCAAAGUAUUCACACUGGGGAGAAACCUCACAGAUGUGAUAAGUGUGGCAAAACAUUUUCUCAGCAUAGUACUUUACUAAAACACCAACGUGUUCACACUGGAGAGAAACCUUACUGGUGUGAACAGUGUGGAAAAACUUUCCCUCAUCUUAAUUGCUUAACUAGUCACCAACGUGCUCACACUGGAGAAAAACCUUACUGGUGUGAACAGUGUGGAAAAACAUUCCCUCAUCGUAGUUACUUAACUAUUCACCAACGUAUUCACACUCGAGAGAAACCUUACUGGUGUGAACAGUGUGGAAAAACCUUCACUUCUAAAAAUAGCCUAAAGACCCAUCAGCAAACUCAUGCAGGAUUAGGACCAUACACCUGCGCUGAAUGUGGAGCAGCUUUCUACGGGUCAAUGGCUUUGGAAAUCCACAGUCGUGUUCACACUGGAGAAAAACCUUACUCGUGUGAACACUGUGGAAAAUUGUUCUCUCAGCUGAGUAAUUUAAAGACACACCAACAUGUUCAUACUCGAAAAAAAACUCACUCAUGUGAUCAGUGCGGUAAAACGUUCCCUUAUCUCAGUAAUUUACAGAGACACCAACGUGUUCACACUGGAGAGAAACCUCACUCAUGUGAACAGUGUGGAAAAGCAUUCUCUCGCCUCUGUAGUUUACAUAUACAUCGACGUCUUCACACUGGAGAGAAACGUUACUCAUGUCAAGAGUGUGGUAAAGCAUUUUCUCAGCUUGGUCAUUUUCAAACACACCAACGUAUUCAUACUGGAGAAAAACCUCACUCAUGUGAACAGUGUGGAAAAGCGUUUUGUGACCGCAGUAACUUACUGACACACCAACAAGUUCACACUAGAGAGAAAUCUCACUGGUGUGAACAGUGUGGCAAAACAUUCUCUCAAUUCAGUAACUUAAUGACACACCAACGUAUUCACACUGGAGAAAAACCUCACUCAUGUGAACAGUGUGGAAAAGCGUUCUUUCAGCUCAGUUGCCUACUGAUACACCAACGUAUUCACACUGGAGAAAAACCUCAUUCAUGUGACCAGUGUGGAAAAGCAUUCUCUCAGCUCAGUAACUUAGCGACACACAAACGUAUUCACACUGGAGAGAAACCUUACUCAUGUGCACAGUGUGGAAAAGCGUUCCCCUCUGCUUCCAAGCUAAGACUACACCAACGCAGUCACACCAGAGAAAGACCAUAUUCAUGUCAAAGCUGUGGAAAAACUUUUUCUGAUUUGUCCAACCUAACAAAGCACCAGAGAGUUCACACGGCAGGUAAAUCUUCUGUCAUUCCCUGAGGGUCUAUCAUCACUGGAACAUCAAAAACCUCCAAAACCUGCAGCUGCUUGGGUUCAUUAGAUCAUGGCUGCCUACGUAUGCAUGACGCCUGACCACAUCAGGAUAAAAGUGGACAGAAAACUUACAGCAGUUCACUGAUGCUGUAACCGGAGUAGAACUUGCUUAGCUAUAAUGAGUCUCCAGACUUUCUCACAGUGAUCAUCUUUGCUUUCAUUUUUUUAAUUGUAACUUGACUUUAUAAUUUUACUUACACUUUACUCUCUUGUUAGGUUGUUAUAUUUUAUUAGUUUUGCAGUUUUACUUUAAACCUCAUCCAAUUAUGAAACUUUUUCAAUACCAUAAUGUAUAGGCAGCGUUUAGAAAACAUUUGUGCAAGACGUCACAACACAUCGUGUGUUGAUGACCAAUAUUUAGCCUGGAAGCAGUUAUAGACACAAUUAUUGGUACUAUUCUUCAUAGUAAAUAAAAAUGAGUUCAAUGCACAUAAGACAUUACUUUUGACUUGUGGUUCUACAGAAGUGCAGUGAUAUUUAGCUAUAUCACGUAUCGCUCCCUCACUACAAUAGAUGUUUGUAUAGAACAUAUGUAUGUUUCUAUUGUUCACAUUUUCUAUAUAUUGUGGAAAUCCUAUGUAUUUCAGCAGUUACUAUGGACUAGAAAAUACACUCUUCUCCAGCUCAUCACGCAACAAUUACCCGCUUCACUCAAAAAGGAUUCCUAAAAAAAUGUUGAUCUAACAUAUUAUAUAUAUAUAUAUUAUAUAUAUUUGUCACAUUUGCCUUAUACUGCGACCCCGCUUGGCUUGGAAAACUAAAUUGAAAUUUAAUGUAACGUGUUCUCUCCGCUGUCGCUCAUGCGCACUGUUUGCUCUUAGUUCCGGCACCUGUUUGUUUCGCCAUCUGUAUCUAAACAGUCUUACAAGGUGUAAUUUUUUUUUAUUUUAAGGACUGAAUAAGUCUGCUGUUAAUUGCUACGAUCUCUGUCAAUAAAAUAUAAAAUGGUAAACCUCUG